CACACAGUCGCUGUUAGUGACAGGAGAGAUGGCUGAGAAAGGAGUUCAGCUGGACCGAGAAACAAUCUCUUGUUCCAUCUGUCUGGAUCUACUGAAGGAUCCGGUGACUCUUUCCUGUGGACACAGCUACUGCAUGAAGUGUAUUAAAGCCCACUGGGAUGGAGAGGAUGAGAAGAGAAUCUACAGCUGCCCUCAGUGCAGGAAGAUCUUCACACCGAGGCCUGUCCUGGAGAAAAACAUCUUGUUAGCAGUUUUAGUGGAGGAGCUGAAGAAGACUGGACUCCAAGCUGCUGCUGCUGAUCACUGCUAUGCUGGAGAUGAAGAUGUGUCCUGUGAUGUCUGCACUGGGAGGAAACUGAAAGCCUUCAAGUCCUGUUUAUUCUGUCUGGCCUCUUUCUGUGAGAAACACCUUCAGCUUCACUAUGAUUCACCUCCAUUCCAGAAACACCAGCUGGUGGAACCCUCCAAGAAGCUCCAGGAGAACAUCUGCUCUCAUCACGAUGAGGUGAAGAAGAUGUUCUGCCGCACUGAUCAGCAGUCUAUCUGUUAUCUCUGCUCUGUGGAUGAACAUAAAGGCCACGACACAGUCUCAGCUGCAGCAGAAAGGACGGAGAGGCAGAGAGAGCUGGAGGUGAGUCGACAAAACAUCCAGCAGAGAAUCCAGGACAGAGAGAAAGAUGUGAAGCUGCUCCAACAGCAGCUGGAGGCCAUCAAUGGCUCUGCUGAUAAAGCAGUGGAGGACAGUGAGGAGAUGUUCACCCACAUGAUCCAUCUCAUCCAGAAAACAGGCCGAGAUGUGGAGCAGCAGAUCAGAUCCCAGCAGGAGACUGAAGUGAGUGGAGUCAAAGAGCUGAAGGAGAAGCUGGAGCAGGAGAUCAGAGAUCUGAAGAGGAAAGAUGCUGAGCUGAAGCAGCUCUCACACACAGAGGAUCACAACCAGUUUCUCCACAACUACCCCUCAGUGUCAGCACUCAGUGAGUCCACACACUCAUCCAGCAUCAACAUCCAUCCUCUGAGACACUUUGAGGAGGUGACAGCAGCUGUGUCAGAGCUCAGAGAUCAUCUACAGGACAUUGUGAGGGACACAUGGACAAACAUCUCACUGACAGGGACUCAAGUGGAUGUUUCACUGUCAGAUUCACAAGCAGAGCCAAAGACCAGAGCUGGAUUCUUGAAAUAUUCACGUCAAAUCACUCUGGAUCCAAACACAGCAGACAGAAACCUGGUAUUAUCUGAAAGGAAGAGAAAAGUAACAUUUACGGAUCAACCACAGUCUUAUUCUGAUCAUCCAGACAGAUUCACUGGAUGGUGUCAGGUCCUGAGUAGAGAGAGUCUGACUGGACGUUGUUACUGGGAGGUGGAGUGGAGAGGAGCAAUAGUUUCUGUAGCAGUAGCAUACAAGAAUAUCAGCAGAGCAGCAGUUGGGACUGAAUGUGUAUUUGGAUAUAAUGACAAAUCUUGGGCAUUACAUUGUUUCCAAAAUGAUUAUGAAUUUAGGUACAACAACAUCCAAACUCCCAUCUCAGAUCCUUGGUCCUCCAGAGUUGGAGUUUACCUGGAUCACAGUGCAGGUAUUCUGUCCUUCUACAGCGUCUCUGAAACCAUGACUCUCCUCCACAGAGUCCAGACCACAUUCACUCAGCAGAUACAUGCUGGACUUUUGGUUAAUGGUUGGUCAAGUGUUAAAUCAAGUGCUGAGUUGUGUAAACUGAAGUAGACAGAGGUAACUGAAGGUUCAGUGAGUCUGAUUGUGUCUUUGAUUCUUUCACUCAUUUAGUCUCCAUCAUUGUUGCUCACAGCUCAUUGUUGUUUUAUUUCUACUCUGCACAGAGAUCAACUGUCAAUCAAACAGUGACUGUCAGAACUUGUUUAUCUUCUCAUUUCUUCUUCUGCUCAUCUUUGACUUUCUUCACUAACAAAUGACUUUCAUUUUUCCUGAUGUUUCCAGCUCAGAUGUAGUUUGUGCUCUCAGUCAGUAAAGAGGAUUUAUUCCACAGGACCAACAAGUAGAAACUGUGAUUUGAUCCAGUUUGGGUGUGUAGACGUUUUGUUGAGUCCUGACACACAUCAGACAACAGAUGUUGUAUCGUUGUGGACUUGAGGUGGUUUCAUGUGUUGUGAUGUUGAUUUUCAUGAAGGUGAAACUUCACCAUGAGGCUGGUGUUGGUUCAGUGUGAAAGCAGCAACAUGUUGAGUCUCAUUUUAAAGCAUCAGGACACAAUAAGUGAUGUUUGAUGGAGGUUUAUGUUGAUCCUGACAAGUUUUCUGACUCGUCACUGAUCCACUGAAUGACACAGUUUUUAAAGGUGAAAUAUUUAAACAUCAACAAACAGAAAAUGUGCAUCUGUGUCAGAUUCAGACAUGAACUCAUGAAAUUCCUGCUUUAUUUUUUCACAUUUUAUCAUCUCAUAAGCAAUUUUCGAAUUUAAAAGCUGCAUGAAAAUGUACCAGUUAGUGACUUUUAAGGUGUUUCUGAGUCUUGUCUUUUUUUUCCUCACAUUUGAAUUCAUGUUUUUUCAAUCCCGUGUUAGUGAUGCAUUUAGGGAACCAGCUGAGGUGAUGGAAAACUCAGCUUUUGUUUUUUUUUUUUUUUCAAAUGUGCACUUAAUUUUUCUUUGACAGAGAUAUAUGUACAGAAUUUGUAUUUCAUGGUUGAAUUUUUGGGAAAAUAUUAUUGUACUUUAUUACAGUCAGUAGUCAUUUUAUUCUACUGAUGUGGUGGUUUUUAAUUUUGUUGGUUUGUUUUGUUUCUAGACUGUUGAUAAACCUGUGAUUCAGCUUCACAUUGAUCUGCAAAUAAAUGACAAUAAAUGAACGACAUCUGGAUUCUAUUUUUGAUGCUUAAAUUAUACAUUUAAAUGGUUAUUUUAUGACUGACUUGGUAAUUUGUUUGCAGUAUGACAGUUUAUCUACUGAAAAAGGUCCAGUCAUGAAGAAUUCAACACUUUUAUGGUUGAAGUGCAGAUUUCCACUUGAACUGCUUCAAAACUGGGCAGUAAGAGUUCAGACUGCGACCAGAAGGAGAGCAGACAUUACCCUGAUUUAAAGUCUCUGCACUGGAUAUCUGUCAGAUCUAGAGCUGAAUUUAAGAUUCUUUCAUUGUUUUCUGGACUUUUUGUGUUUGAAAUGAACUCAUCAGUUCUUGAUGUUGUUAUUUGUUCUUCUGUAAAGUGUAUUAAAGGUUUUAGUGGCCAUUCA